AUGGAUGCCUCAGAGUCGGUGUGUACGCGGGCCUCUGCAGAUGUAGAGAGCGGCAGCGCACGGGGGGGGCGGGGCCCCCAACUAGGGGCAUGCGGGGGCCCCCCUUCUGUUGCUGUUGCUACUGCAGCCGCGCUGUCUACUGUCUGCUCCUCCUCUUCCUCCUCUUCUUCUUCUUCAUCACAGCAACACCGCGCGAAGCCUCCUUAUCUAGCGCGCGUGUGUGUGCAUGCAUCGAGUGCUGCAGCACUAACAAUCUGGGCCCUUGUGCUGCUAAUUAAACUGCCAGUGGAGCGGGGGACCUUCUGCAGCGACAAGUCGAUAGCACUGCCAUACAUGUCUGGCUCUGUCUCCUCCCCUAGCCUCUUCGUCAUUUGCCUUGUCUUCCCGGCUCUGAUAAUGAUUUUAGUUGAACUGUUGCUUGCUGCAGUGCGCGCUACACAGGAGACAGAGAAGAAAGGGCGGGAGCAGCGGGUGGUUAUACUGAUGGACAGAAGAGUGCCUGAGAUAAUGCAGCAGCUCUACAUGUACGUUGGGGGCCUCGCGUUGUCAGUUGCCUCUGUCUUUCUUCUAACGAAUGCGCUGAAGGCAGCGGUGGGGUCUCUGAGGCCCCACUUCUUGUCUGUAUGCAAGCCAGACUGGAGCCGCGUGCAGUGUACAGACAGCAGCGGCCGCCGUGAGGUGUACGUACAGGACUUCUUCUGCACAGGCAACGCGACAGCUGUAGAGGAGGGGAGGCGUUCCUUCCCCUCGGGACACAGCAGCUGCAGCAGCUGCGGCCUCCUCUUUGUUGCAUUAUACCUGCAGUGUAGGUUCGUCUGGCAGCAGCAGGCGACUGCUCCAAAGCAUCACCUAAGACAGCAGCAGACCCGCUGGGGUUUAGCUGUGGAACAACUCUACUGGGUCGCUCAUGCAGCAGCUCCUCUCUUGCAGUUCGUGUUGCUGCUCAUUGCGCUGUACGUACCCGCAACGAGAGUAGCAGAGCAUUUCCACCGCCCCAUUGAUGUCUUAGCGGGGAUGACAAUCGGCGUCAUCGGCGCCCUCUAUGGAUUCUUCUUCCUUGUUAAUCCUAGCAGACGCUCGCUGCAGUGA